AUGACAAAGGAGAGAGUUGCUAAAGGGCAGGAUGCUCUGACAGACAGAGGAGACAGAGUUCGUAACCUGUGCUACAUGGUGACGCGGAGGGAGAAAAUGAAACACACCCUGUGUGACCUCCAGGAGAAGAUCUUCCACCUGCAAAUACAACUACUGGAAGAGGACAUUGAUGGAGAGAAAACCCAGAAGGGAGAAAAGAGGAAGCAGAAUGGAGUGAAGGAGAAAGGGAAGGAGAGGAGGAAGAGUAGUCCUGAGAAGAAAAAGGAGAGAUUAAAGUCAGAGAACGGCUCCCUGCUAAAAGAGCUAGGUUUGUCAAAGUCCUUCCCACUGGACAACUCUUUGUUCGAUAGCUGGCUCGCCCAGUCGGUUCAGAUCACCGCUGAUGACAUGCUAAGCCAGUGGGCCCUGGGUGCCCAGCAUCGGGACAAGAGCGGCCGCCUGCUCUCCGACCAGCUCCUGCAGGGCGAGGAGAGCCUGCUAAACCUUAUGAUGGAGAACUCCAUGCAGUCCACCUGGAAAACACCCCAGCUGGGCCGCAAACCACGAGGGGGCAACAAGCUCCAUGCUCGUGGACACCCGGCAACCCCCACCCCCACCCAGCCUCAAACACUCCUGUCUGCAGCAGCCGCCUCCGCUGCCAGCAGCACUGCAAAGAGCCUCUGGGAGAGCGUGGCGGAGGAUAAUUCCAGCCAUGUGGGCCGGAGAGGGGAAAGGUCCAGGGGCUCCUCCAAGGCCCUGCACCACCACCACAUUCAUCACCACCAGACCAGGAGCUCUGACCUGCACAGGGACCCUCCACCGCAGCCACCCAUCUCCAAAAUGGAUUCCUGUCACAUCUCGGAGGACCGCGGCUGGUGGGACAGCGUCCACACAGGGAAUGGUGUUGCGUCAGGGGCUGGAUCUGGUUUCACCGCGAGCUCAUCACCACCUCCGGCCUCUAGCCCCGGUGUCACGGUGCCUGACACAGGGGCGAUUCUACGUGGCGGGGCCCCACGUCUCCGUCUGUCCCGCCAGGGUAAAUCCAGAGGGAAGGGGUUCAGUGGAGGAGGAGGCAUAGCAGGGCUGGGGCAUGUAGACUUGCCACUCACAGGAAAGGAAUCGUCCCUGCUGGACGCUGCUGAAACUGACGGGUACUUCUCUGAUGGCGAGCAGAGUGAUACAGACACACGCUCUGGCGGACGCAAACUCCGCUUGCCGCAGUUGCAUUCUGGGAACGAGGACCUGCUGAGAAGGAGCGUGCUGGCAUCCUAAAGAACUUGAGACUCAAAUUAACACACAAACACAUACACACACAGUUAUCCAAGAAGUGUCCAGCUGGCUAAUUGUUUCCCCAUCUGUGCCCCGUAUAAAGUCUACAAAACAUGGCUGGAUGGCGUUGUUCAGCCAAUCCCUGUCACAUUUACCAGUGGAAAAUCUCUUCAGCUCUUACCUGCUUUGUUUUUGGGGGUGAAUCUGAAUGUAGCUGUUUGCCUGUCGUACAGUAAAGCUUCUCCACCGGAUCGUACUUUGUCGUUAGCUUACCACAAAAUGCGACACAUUAAACAAAAUAGGAAACAAA